UGUGGGAUUUAAAAAAUAUGGAUUUUGUUUAUGGGGAGGGGAUGAUGUAGCUAUGGAGGUAAAGGACGAAGAACACAAUGGGGAGGGGGUGCUACGAUAUGAGGUUACGGGUACUCUCACUUUCAAAAAUAAUGAACAUUGUGGUGCAUCGAGCUUGGGUAUUGGGCAGUGAGAUAUCGAAGUAGGGAAAGUGCAGGUCGGAGCCCAGUAUAAAAUUGUAGUUAACUUGGGCCCCGUAUCCAGUACUGGACUUACCACCGGCUAAGAAACCAGGAAUGCAGAUCACCGUCGUAAUAAUUGGGCUUGGCCUCCUGGUUCUAUCCUCCUGCGAAGAACACACCCAAGAAAAUAGGAACGCCGAAGGAGUGAAAAAUCAUGAAAAACGAGGAUUGCACGGAUUAGGCGAUGGUGGUUAUGGCGGUGGUUAUGGCGGUGGAUACGGCGGUAGUGAUUACGGUGGUUACGGGGGAGGUGACUCAGGCGGGGGAUAUGGCGAUCACCACAGUAAAACAAUCACAGUUUACAAAAAGGUGCCAGUGCCAUAUCCCGUAGAGAAGCACGUGCCGUACCCCGUCGAGAAACGUGUACCUUAUCCAGUUAAAGUACCAGUACCAGAACCUUAUCCAGUUGUCAAGGAAGUACCUUACCCCGUAAAGGUUUACGUGAAAGUUCCGGUACACGUUCCACAACCAUAUCCGGUUGAGAAAAAGAUUCCCUAUCCUGUACACGUUCCGGUAGAAAAACCAGUGCCUGUUAAAGUGUUCGUUCCACAACCUUACCCAGUAGAGAAAAAGGUACCGUACCCCGUACACGUUCACGUACCUCAACCUUACCCAGUGUACAAGAAGGUACAUGUACCAGUGAAGGUACCAGUACACGUACCGCAACCUUAUCCAGUUGAAAAGUUAGUACCUUACCCUGUCAAGGUUCAUGUUGAUAGACCUUACCCUGUACACGUACCUAAACCAGUACCUUAUCCCGUUGAAAAACGAGUACCUUAUCCUGUUGAGAAACCUGUACCCUACCCCGUUAAGGUACCAGUGGAUAGGCCAUACCCUGUUCAUGUACCUAAACCAGUUCCAUACCCCGUUAAAGUACCGGUUCCAGCACCAUAUCCGGUCCAUAAACCAGUUCCCUAUCCCGUUGAGAAACCAGUACCGUAUCCGGUUAAAGUUCACGUUGAUAGACCUUAUCCAGUUCACGUGCCGAAACCGGUACCGUAUCCCGUAGAGAAACCAGUUCCUUAUCCAGUUAAGGUACCAGUUCCUGUACCGGUUCACGAUUACCACGGUAGUUACGGAGGAGGUGGAGGACAUGGAGGACACGGAGGUUUUGGCGGAGGACACGAAGGUGGUGGAGAAUACGGAGGAGGUUACGGAGGUAGCAGUUAUGAAAGUUAUCAUCAUUGAACUUUGACCCGAACCUGAUGAUAUUUUACAAAAAAGUCAAGCCCGGUUCUUCUUCAUCGAAGUUCGGUAUAAAAUAAAGAUUUAUAUAUUGUAAUUUCUAUUUAUACAAAACAAGUUUUGUAAUGAAAUUAAAAUAAUCAAAAUGCCAAAAUAUCUUUUAUCUUCGUCUAUGCUACACGUUGAUUCAUCGCGAAAAAAUGAAGCUGUGCCACUUUCAAUUUCUACAAAGUAUCACGAGUAGAUAAAAAUCAAUAAUACGUAAAACAGUGUGUACCAAUGCUAAUUAUAGAAAUUUGUUAACAUUGUGAUAACCAUACAGACUCUCAUCGGUUCUCUGUCAUCAAUCCAACAGAAGUUACCAGAUGGAUUAACAUGGUUCUAACCAACAGGAAUACAAAAAAAAAGAUACCAAAUACAUUUCAAUUUAGAAAGUAUUUCGCGUAAGGUCAAAAGAUGAUCUGAUUUCGUUUCUGGUUACGAAAGUUUUCGGACGCCAAGCGUCGCUGGACGUCAGUCGCUUCCGCUUUCCAAAGCAUUGCCAGAUCGACUCUUAACGACCUUCUCCGACUUUUUUACGCUAAUUACGGGAUAUGUUAUAUCCGUUAAUAGAGGCUUCGUCUCAAUUAUAAAUUACGCUCAAGCACCCAACACCUUAUUACUAAAUAAGUCACACAUAUUUUCAUGAAAUAUCAAGAAUCGCGUGUUACCAAAAUGUAAAUGAGUUUUCGUUCUUUAACGAGUAUCAUUAAUUACGUAUUACACAAAUAUUUAUAUACAUUAUAUGUAAUCAAAAGCUGCUUCGAUGUCUACAUAUCACAGUAAAAGAGAAUUUAAUAUUGCUUACAACUCGUUUCGUCGAUGGAGACUACAUGUAUACUGUGUUACGAAAUUACCUUAAAAUUGACUUCCUUAGAGCAAUGUUAUAUUUCACUUCACGCUCUUCUCUAAUAAAUUAUUAUUAAGUGCUUCUCAAUAGCGACGAUCGCUGCGCACUUAAACAUCGUCAAGUGCUCACGUUCGGAUAAGUGAAUUGCGUAAUAACAAUUAAACGAAAGCAUUCCGAGUAGCAACUCUCAGGGUGUUAGUUCAAUCUUUCCAGAAUCAUUUCCUGGACAGAUUGAGUGCGAUCUUUGGCAUCUUUAACGGCGCAUUCAAUUAUCGCGCAUCAUCGAAAGUGUUAUAGGUUAAUUAUAAUCAUUAAAUAAAUUCGUUGUUUGACUUGGCAUAGUAAGAGUAGACAAAAAAUGAUGAUGAAUUACCUGCUAGACGCAGUACAAUUGUAAAUUUAAUUUUAAGUCCCUCGCGAAAUUGCCAGCUAUAAUGAUAGAUCAUCCGACUGAGAUUUCUCAAUGACUGACGCGGGGCAUAGGUUAUGCGGAUUAGUUCAAAUAAUUCAAAGUCGACGCAGAAGGUUGGA